AUGUUGGCGCGCAGUUUGGGCUACAGGUUGGUAUCGACAAGCCGUGUUAUAUACAAUAAACAGACGGUUAAAUCAGUGGUGUCAUCGUGUCCUGCGGGAACAUCGCUGAAUUUGAACAUAUGGAAAAGCGGCAAAGACGCAGUGGCUCUUGAAGACAAGGAGUAUCCAAAUUGGUUAUGGAGCGUAUUAGAUAGUGAGCACGCUGUGGAGCAUGCAACUGAGGACUCAGAGGGAGAGGCUCUCUUAAAUAGAAGAAAGAACAUCAGGAAGGCCAACAGGCAGAGAAUCAAGCAAAACAAUUUCCUAAGCCAACUUUGA